ACCUUUUUUUGUUGAAAGACACUAGCAUAACCUAGCAGCAUCAAAUUCAUGUAGUAAUACUUUGAUAAGACUGAUCGGAAGAAGGAACUAAACUAACAAAUGGACAUAGCUAUCUUCUCUGCAUCAUCGCUCUUCGGCGAAGAUGACGCUCCUACUCGCGAGGAAAAUGCAGAGACUCCGGAAAGCUACGUUGAGAGGAAGCACCAGUUUCCUGGAAUGGAGCUGAUUGUUCGAGAAUUUUCCUUUCAUCAACUGAAUGCUAAUUUACUCUGGCCGGGGACAUUUGCAUUUGCGGAAUGGUUAGUUCAGCACAGGUCAUGCUUUGAAGGACGUCGUGCCAUUGAAUUGGGAAGUGGUACAGGAGCUUUGGCCAUAUUUCUUCGAAGGUCAUAUAAUCUUGAUAUUACAACUUCGGACUACAAUGAUCAAGAAAUAGAGGAGAACAUAGCGCACAACUGCAGGGCAAAUGAAAUACCUGUUAUACCUCAUAUAAAACAUACCUGGGGAGACAAGUUUCCAAAUUCUACCCCUGACUGGGACCUGAUCAUUGCGAGUGAUAUCUUAUUGUAUGUGAAACAGUAUGCAAAUUUGAUACAGACCAUUUCCUUUCUUCUCAAAUGUUACAAGCCUAGAGAUAGGAGCGCAGUUUCUCUAACUGGGAAUGACACGAAUGAUGGAGAUGUGGUGUUGCCGUGGCCAGCCUUUUUAAUGAGCUGGAGACGUAGAAUUGGAAAGGAAGAUGAAUCGCUUUUCUUCGAUGGUUGUGAAAAAGCUGGUUUAGAAGUGAAGCAUCUUGGAUCCCGUGUAUAUUGCAUCAAGCCCGUUGGAAAUGAGAAUUCAGAAACAAAAUCUUGAUUGAAGAUAACGCGUAUUCAAGCAUGCCUGGGAGGAGUAUGACGAGGAAAUUCGAAGGUUGGUUCAUUAACUUUUAGGUCAUAGGUAGCUUCUUUACUUUUAUUUUGUAGCUCCUAGACUCCUUCGUCCUUACAGUUACAAGAGUAACGAUGCGACAAUUUCUUUGACUUGUUUUAUUUUCUUCUUGUUAAUACAUCAUCAACGAAAUUCAUUUCUUGGUUAUUAUGUGGUUUAGUGAUUCAAAGUUGAUACAUUUGUGCUCUUAUUGAUACUUGGGUUCCUA